GGUGCGUGUGCUCUUGGGACUGGUGGCACGCAGGCGUGGUUUCGCAUCGCCGGUGGCCGAUCGUGGCCAGGAGGGCUGUUUGACACAAGCCUACCGCGCAUCCCCGCGGGCCGUUCGGAAAUGCCACUUCCUUCACACAGCACGUGCUACGGCGUUCGAUUGCGUGGCACGGAUCCAGCCGCUUCAUUUUAGAGCAAUUUAAAUAUUCUCAUUGCAGCAUCGCUAAACCGCUGUAGCUUUGGCUGCUGUGCUUUGGCUGCAACUUUGCAUUAAUAAGGAAUAAUAAAGCCCUUGAAACCAUUUAGAAUUUUCUUAAACAGUUGGUCCAUGGGUAUCUGGUAAUCACUGUCUUGUCACAUUGCACUGCAGUAUUUCCAGUCUCUUAAUCUGUGUUUCUAACAAGUGCUGGCCUUUUCACCAAGCACUGGUUUCCAAGAAGUUUAAAAGGGAGGCUUGCACUGAAACAUGGUCCACGGGAGAGUUCUUGGAACUAAAGGCAACUUCUGCGUCCCAGCUUCUUUAUGAAAGGCCGCUCUUGCCCCUGUCAUGAGCAUAAAGCUAGAAACCAAUUUCUACAUGUUGAAGAGUGGAGGUGGUGGUGGUGGUGUUUGUUUUGUGUUUUGUGUUGGUUUAGUUGUUGGUUUUUUUGUUUUGGGUUUCUUUAGGGAUUCCCCCUUUAGAAAGACAGCCAGGACAAUUAGGAAACCCUUAGACAUUAUCAAGGGAAAGCGAUAGGAAAGACAUUUCAGCAGGCAUCUGAAAUGCUGCUAAGUCUCCAGUUAUAAAUGAAGUGGGUCAAGUAUAAUAUUCCAAGGGUGGCUUUGUGAAUAAAACACUGGCUUGUGAUGCCUUCUUCCUUUACUGUAGAUUUUCUCUGUGACUUGGGGGAAGUGGCUGUAGUACAGAUUUUCAAACUGGAGCGCGUGACUCCAGUUUUAAGCACUUAACUCCUGUUUUUCGUAAUCUUCAAGUCACAUCUGAGGAUGAGACUGAAGAUGCCCAGCUACCUCAAGGCAUGUGUACACAAUGGAGAAUAUUCAGAGUGUGGCCCUUCCUCGGAAUGUUGCUUUUAACAAAUUGGCAUUGAAACUAUGUUUAUAUGGGCUGAAUCUGGAGGAAAGCCUUUUUUUCCACUGUGGCAUCUAACUGGAAAAUUUGGAUAUGGUUUGCUGUCAGCAGCAAGUAGUUGCUGCAAUUAGAGACAGGUUAUUAAAGAAAAGAAAAUAAGUGGUUGCAUGUGAUAGCCCAUUAGCAAGGGGCAAUGAGCAGGGUUUUCAUGCUCCAGGAUCGGUUUGGGAAUUUCACUCCCGGGGAAGGAGGAGCAGAGGGAGCUUGGUGGGGAAGGACUGGAAACAGCAGAAGCUGAUGCCUGGUCAGGAGACCUCUCCUUCCUCUAACAUCUACAAGUUGGAACCAAUAAAUGAGGGUCUGCUCGCUAGAAUCUCGGAUCUCUUGCUGUGCCGGUGGACUUGUAGAAAUUGUUGUCAGAAGUGUUUCGACUGUAGCUGUUGUCAAACAAAUGAAGAUGAAGUUGAAAUCCUGGGACCUUUUCCUGCUCAAACUCCAGCCUGGCUGAUAAGCAGCCAAAAUGAGGACAAAGAUGGAGACUCUGAUAAUACAAUCAGUGAGCUGCCUCCCACUCUUCAGCAUGUUUCCCCUGACAGAAGGCGGUCGUCUUCAGAUGCAUCACGGUCCACUUACAGCCUCACGAGGCGGAUUUCAAGUUUAGAGUUGAGGAGGCCAAGUUCUCCGUUAAUUGACAUUAAACCUAUCGAGUUUGGAGUAAUAGGAGCUAAGAAAGAAGUAGUUCAGCCAACUGUCCUGCGGAAAACCUAUACCCCAGAUGACUAUUUUAGAAAAUUUGAACCAAGACUCUACUCCCUUGACUCGAAUAGUGAUGAUAUGGACUCCUUGACAGAUGAGGAGAUCUUAUCAAAGUAUCAGCUGGGCAUGCUGCAUUUUAGCACGCAGUACGAUCUUUUGCAUAAUUAUCUAAUAGUGCGAGUCAUUGAGGCUAAAGAUCUGCCUCCUCCAAUUUCUUACGACGGUUCAAGGCAAGACAUGGCUCACUCCAACCCCUAUGUGAAGAUCUGCCUUCUUCCUGAUCAGAAGAACUCCAAGCAGACUGGAGUGAAACGCAAAACGCAGAACCCCGUGUUUGAAGAGAGGUACACAUUUGAAAUCCCCUUUUUAGAAGCCCAGAGAAGAACUCUGCUUUUAACUGUAGUGGAUUUUGACAAAUUCUCACGCCAUUGUGUUAUUGGCAAAGUGUCAAUGCCCUUGAGUGACGUAGACCUUGUGAAAGGCGGACACUGGUGGAAAGCCCUUGUGCCUAGUUCUCAGAAUGAAGUGGAGCUAGGAGAGCUGCUGUUGUCACUAAACUACCUACCCAGCGCGGGAAGACUGAACGUGGACAUCAUUAGAGCAAAACAGCUUCUUCAGACAGACAUGAGCCAAGGUUCAGAUCCCUUUGUGAAAAUUCAGCUUGUUCAUGGCUUAAAAUUAACAAAAACCAAGAAGACCUCCUGCAUGCGGGGGACGAUAGAUCCCUUCUACAAUGAGUCCUUCAGCUUCAAGGUUCCACAGGAAGAACUGGAGAAUGCCAGCCUAGUGUUCACAGUGUACGGGCACAACGUGAAGAGCAGCAACGACUUCAUUGGGAGGAUCGUGAUCGGGCAGUACUCGACAGGCGCCCCCGAGUCCAACCACUGGCGCCGGAUGCUCAACGCGCACCGGACGGCCGUGGAGCAGUGGCACAGCCUGCGGUCCCGGGAGGAGUGCGACCGUGUCUCUCCGGCAUCCCUGGAGGUAACUUGAGGUGGGGGACUAACAGCAGCCAGACCAAGCAAGCGGACGAGGAAAAAAAAAAAUAAACCACCGACCGAAACACCCCACCUCACACCCCACACGCACCCCACAGCAGCUCCGUUGGAUUGAAGCGGCUGCCGGCACCCAACCAGCCGCGCCGGCCUCGGCGAACCGCGUCCCGCCGGGUCCUGGCCGUUCCCCUGGGGCCACCAGCGGCGCGGCUGGCCGGCCCUCUCGCUGCUCGCACCCGGCACCGCUCGGCUGUUUGCGUCCCGCGCGGUGGAGCGCGUGGCCGGGCGGCGCGGGCUGCGCGUGGAGGUGCCGCGGGAAGCGCUGAGCGGGUGGAGGAGUUGGGAGUUGCCUCCGCUGUCCUUCCAGUCCAAAUCCAUGGCUCAUCCUCUCGGAGAUAUAAGUACCCGUGUGCUCUCGUUGGUGAACGUGGUAAUUAGGCUAGAAUAUUUUUUUAAACGGUAGAACCUGUGGUGAAAUCGAUUCUGACUCCAGUUUUGUCCUUGUACUAGUUGCAACAGAAUUAAGCUCCUGUUAGUACGUACGCGUGCAUUUGUGUGCUGGGGCACGCGUGUGGCCGUGCAGCCCCGCGUCAAACGGAUCCGAUGUCACGUCAGCGGUGAGACCUGCCACUCUCGAUAGCAGUCUGUGUGCGUCAAGUAGAUAGAGUAAUGAUAUAGCAAAGUAAACAUUUCCAAUAGCAUUUGUACCAGGAAAGCCAGCUCAUGUCUUUUCAAACCUGUGUUGUGCAAAAGAAACCUGCUGCGGGGACUUUUGCAAUUGAGAAGACCCAAAAUACACAAUUUUAAUUCUCUCACAGACUGCAGUGGCUCUUUCUGUGUUGUGUGUGUUAACCCAGGUAGUUCUCCAGGUCACCAAGUGAACUUAGCUACGGUCAAGCUGUCCUGUUGGUUGCUUCUGUACAUUUUAUUUUUUCACAGCAUAUUGUCUGGUAUGAUGCAGAUUGUAUAUUUAUGGAAAAUAAAAUUCUAUUUAAUUGUG